AUAGGACUCGAUUGGUUUGAGGCCCUGGGGAUACACGUCACAGGACUCAACAGCUUACAAACACUCGACCUACAGGAAGUCUGCAAAGAAUUUGCAGAUGUUUUCAGCCCCCAGCUGGGCACAUUCAAAGGACCCCCUGUGUCCUUAAAGCUAGACCCCACUGUCACUCCCAUUAGAAUUAAAGCAAGAAGGGUCCCUUUUGCUUUAAAGAGUAAAAUUGACACUGAGUUAGACAAACUGAUUCAACAGGGAAUCCUAGAACCUGUUGAUUCCAGUCCUUGGGAGACCCCCAUUGUCACGCCUCUAAAGGCAAAUGGGGACAUUCGCAUUUGUGCUGACUACAAAUGCACUCUGAAUAAGGCAUUGCAGCAACAUGCCUAUCCUGUUCCUGUGGUCAGUCAUAUUCUGGCCUCCCUCAAGGGGGGGCGCGUUUUUGCAAAGCUUGACCUAGCUCAAGCGUAUCAACAGCUGCCUGUUGAUGAUGAUGCUGCUAUAGCUCAGACUAUUGUGACCCACAGGGGAGCCUUUAAGGUAAAAAGGCUGCAGUUUGGAGUGAAUGUCGCUCCUGGGAUUUUCCAAAGCGUAAUGGAAAACACACUACAGGGUAUACCAGGGGUUUGCCCCUACUUUGAUGAUGUCUUAAUUGCAGGAGACUCCACACACAUUCUAGCUGAAAGGCUAAGGGCUGUUCUGUUAAGAUUCAGGAAGUCAGGCCUCAAGCUCAAAAAAGACAAAUGCAAGAUUGGGGUGCCUUCUACUGAAUUUCUGGGGUUCAAAAUUGAUGCUGCUGGGAUUCACCCUGCUGAAUCCAAACUAACAGCUAUUUUAGAAGCACCUAGGCCAAAGCUACUAGACAAACAAGCAGUGUGGCAGUGGUCACAUACACAUGAGGCUUGCUUUAACAAAGUCAAGGCCUUGCUCACUUCUAACAGUGUACUUGCACAUUUCAACGAAUCUCUUCCUGUGUGCAUCGCAUGUGAUGCGUCCCCUUACGGGGUAGGAGCUGUCCUGAGCCACCUCAGGUCUGAUGGAACUCAGGUUCCUGUUGCAUAUUACUCCAGAACAUUGUCUUCUGCUGAGCGCAACUACGCUCAGAUAGACAGGGAGGCUCUGGCUGUUGUUGCUGGAAUUAAAAAAUUCCACGAUUUUCUAUAUGGCAGGCAUUUCACGGUCUUCACUGACCAUAAGCCUCUGCUGGGACUGUUUACCACACGUAAGCAGACUCCCCAAAUCAUUUCCCCUAGAAUGCUUAGGUGGUCUAUUUUUCUGUCUGCAUAUGAUUUUUCAUUACUCCACAAGCCUGGGAAAGAAAUGGGCCAUGCUGAUGCACUGCCCUGGUCCAAAAGAAAUGAGUUGUCCCUUUCUCAGGGUUGUCUGCUUUGGGGAAACAGAGUUGUCAUUCCCACCUCAAUGAGGACUAGGGUCUUAGAAUCCCUCCACGAGGGUCAUCCUGGCAUUGUUCGUAUGAAGGCUCUUGCACGCAGCCACUUGUGGUGGCCUGUUUUAGAUAAGGAUAUUGAGGCUAAGGUGCAUGCAUGCCACCUGUGCCAACGAUCUCGCCCAGAGAUGCCCCAAGCUCCCGUGCAUAAAUGGGAGGAAACGCAGUCCCCAUGGUCUAGGGUGCACAUUGACUACGCUGGGCCCUUUCAGGGCCAGUUCUUCUUGGUCCUUGUUGACAGCCAUUCAAAAUGGCUUGAGGUUGUACCUGUCUCUUCCACCACCACUGCAAAGACUAUUCAGGUACUGAGGGGGAUUUUUGCUGCACACGGGCUUCCAGAUGUCAUCGUGUCUGACAACGGCCCUCAAUUCACUUCCUCCGAAUUCCAAGCUUUCUUACAGGCUAACAUGAUUCGUCAUGCCACGUCUGCGCCUUUCCACCCGUCCACCAACGGUAUGGCUGAA